GACCAACAUGGCGAACAUUUGUGCCCGCCCCCUGUUUUUCUUCGGCUGUAGGUCGCACAGCUCCAGCGCUACCGAGGUGUCUACCACGAUGAUAGUUUCCAGCAAACUCCGCGGCCUGCUGAUGCAGCAGCUGAGAGGUACCAGCCAGCUGUACUUCAACAUCAGCCUUAGAUCUCUGAGCGCCUCUGCACAUGAGGCCUCCAAAAGAACCCCCGGGGAAGUCUCAGACCACAACUAUGAGUCUAUUUUAGUAACGUCUGCCCAGAAGCAUGUUCUCCAUGUACAGCUAAACCGGCCAGAGAAGAGGAAUGCCAUGAACAGGGCUUUCUGGAGGGAGUUGGUGGAAUGCUUCCAGAAGAUAUCCAAAGACUCCGACUGUCGGGCCGUUGUAGUCUCUGGUGCAGGAAAGAUGUUCACUUCAGGCAUUGACCUCAUGGACAUGGCGUCAGACCUCCUGCAGCCCUCAGGAGAUGAUGCGGCCCGCAUAGCCUGGUACCUCCGUGACCUCAUCAGCCAAUACCAGAAGACCUUCACUGCCAUUGAGAAGUGCCCUAAGCCAGUGAUUGCUGCCAUUCACGGAGGCUGCAUUGGCGGAGGUGUGGAUCUCAUUUCUGCCUGUGACAUCCGCUACUGCACCCAGGAUGCUUUCUUCCAGGUCAAGGAGGUGGACGUGGGCCUGGCUGCUGAUGUAGGAACACUACAGCGACUGCCCAAGGUCAUCGGGAACCAGAGCCUGGUCAACGAGCUAACCUUCACUGCCCGCAAGAUGAUGGCUGACGAGGCCCUGGUCAGUGGGCUGGUCAGCCGCGUGUUCCCAGAUAAGGACGUCAUGCUGAAUGCAGCCUUUGCCCUGGCGGCCGAUAUUUCCAGCAAGAGCCCUGUGGCUGUGCAGGGGUCAAAAAUUAACCUAAUCUACUCCCGAGACCAUUCUGUGGACGAGAGCCUUGACUACAUGGCCACCUGGAACAUGAGCAUGCUGCAGACCCAGGACAUUAUCAAGUCAGUCCAGGCAGCCAUGGAGAAGAAGGACCCAAAAAGCAUCACCUUCUCCAAGCUCUGAGUGCCUUCCCCAUCCUGAGAGAUGAAGACUCCCUGGAGCCAGGCUGGUCCCCUAGGUGCCGCCUCCCAUGUGGUCUCCCAGUGUAUAACUUUAUAACUUAGUUCUUCAGUUCCCGGGGCCUUAUCUUCACUGUGAACAAUAAAGUUUGAAUACA